UUAAAUAAUUAAUCUAACAAUAAUGUUGUCGCGUACGUAUUUUUAAAUAUUGCUAAUUAAUGAAAUUGUUAAGGGACGCCUCGUUUGGUGCCGUUACAUUUUGUGCCUCCCGUCAUAAGAACGAGGAAUGUGGCAUCAAUGGCCUCCCCCUCACUCCGAACUCCAUCAGAAUUCUCGGCCGCUUUCAGUACCUGACGACACUCAACCAUAAAAAUUUAUCCUCCUACCUAGAUUUAAUCAGAGGCAAGCAUGAGCGAGUCUUCAUAGUAUCCGAGUACUAUGAAAGAAAUUUAGAAGAUGUCUUGAAGUCUAAUCCAUCCGUAAAAGAAAUCAUUAAAUACACCAAAGACAUUUUAUGUGGCCUGUCAUACCUGAAUGAUCAUGAUAUCAUUCAUUCAUUUCUUUCUCUGUCCUGUCUUCUAGUCAGCAAAGAGAAUAGAAUAAUCAUUUGCAAUUAUGGUCUUCACCACAUAACCGAGUCUGGUUCUUCUGUUUCAUUUCCGAUUGGCUAUCCCAAAUAUUCUGCACCAGAGGUAUUAUUGAGACAACUGAGACACACUCAAAAAUCAUCCCUACAUCAACAGCAACAACAACAGCAACAGUUGAUGUCAGAGAAAGAAGAAACUUCUUCAAGCAAUGCUAAUAAUCGGAACUGGGUGGAAGAUGGUUGCAAAAGAGAUGUGUGGUCGUUAGGCAUUAUCAUUUUCGAGUUGUUAUUGAAGAAGAAACUUUGGAGCAAGUUAUCACUUAAGGAGGUCUUAAGAAAUGUUUUUCGAUUCCUUGUUGAUAGAGGUGGCUGCCCUCAACUUGUUUGGGAUUUUAUUCGUUCUUGUCUCAAUCUUAGACCGUCUGAAAGGUGUGCUAUGGCUGCUGUUGUUGCUACUGUUGUUGUUGCUGUGUUGUCGUUGUUGUUGCUAAUUUUGUUUUAUUUAGUGUCUUUUAGAUUUUCGUCAUCAUUAUUAAGUCAUCAUCAUCGUACUAAUUUUAAUAAUCAAGAUCACGACAAUGACCUACUCUCCGAGUGUGACAUGCAUCAGGUGUACAACAUCUGGAAACUUGCUGGCGGCGACGUUGAGGCUCUUUUCAAGAAAAGUGGUCGGAUCAGUAGGAAGGCUCCCAUCAUCAAUCUUCCAUGCCUAAUAAUGGAAGAGGGCGAGUCGCUGGGCAGUCCGUUUGAUUCGUCGACCCUUUUCGAUGACCACUUCCUACUUCUGCCACUCGAUCACGCUCGAGAGAGAUUGAGUGGCAUGGACGUGAGAGCCUUCUACCCAACGUUCGAAUUUGACAGGGACGCGACCAGUUCGUUAGUGACGUCCACCAGCGGCUGCGACCUGAAGGAGAUCGUCAAACUGCCACUAGUCAUCAGGGAGAAUGAUGUCGAGUAUCAGUUCCACAGAAUUAUAAAAUUCAAACGUCUGCUGGAGGGCUAUCCGUACCAAAGACAGCGAAUAUUUAAGGAGUGUCGGGUGGACAUUCCUCCACUCUACAGGAACUUCUUGUGGGCGGCCAUCUUGAAAAUUGAGGGCGAUGUAAGAGGAAGAUAUGAGGCCAUUGAUAAGGAAACUCCAACCCCUACCGACAGACAGAUAGAAGUGGACAUACCUAGAUGCCACCAAUACAACCCACUGCUAUCAUCUCCUACAGGUCAUCUAAAGUUCAAAAGAUUAUUGAAGGCGUGGGUGGCUAGCCAUCCAGAGCUGGUGUACUGGCAGGGCUUGGACUCUCUGUGUGCUCCUUUCCUCUAUCUUAACUUCAAUGAUGAAGCUUUAGCCUUUGCUUGUCUCUCGUCAUUCAUUCCGAAGUAUCUUCAUGGGUUCUUCUUGAAGGAUAAUGCACACAUCAUUCAAGAAUAUUUGGCCGUUUUCACUCAUCUGAUAACCUUUCAUGACCCAAUUUUGUCCAAUCACAUGCAGUCUAUAUCUUUCAUUCCCGAUCUGUAUUCCAUUCCUUGGUUUCUGACCAUGUAUGCUCACGUGUUUCCAUUGCACAAGAUUUUCCACCUCUGGGACACCUUGCUGCUUGGUAACUCGUCAUUUCCACUCUGCGUUGGCGUUGCCAUUCUCAAACAACUGAGAAAUCAACUGCUGACCUUCGAUUUCAAUGAGUGCAUACUGCUCUUCUCAGAUAUGCCUGAGAUAGACAUGGAAAAAUGCGUGGAAGAUUCCAUCCAAAUUUUUUGUUCCACCCCAAGAAGUGUCACUUACAGACAAUACGACGGCCCGCCGACCAAUCAGACAUCGACAUCUACCCAACAACAACCAAUCAAAACUUUCCAUUUAAAUGAUUAUUCCGUUAAAACGCAUUUGUCAAUAGACGGGCUGACACUGAAUGAAUUGAAAUGCGAGAAAUGCGCCAGGAUAUCUGCAGAGGAUGUCAUUAACCUCAUGGAGAUCAAACAAACCAACAACAACAUUAAUAAUAAUAAUGUGCAAAAUAAUAAUAAUAAAUGUAAUAAUAUUAAUAAUAAGACUGGUAGUGAUGAGUCGCAUAUUGUUAUCUUGGAUGUCAGAGAUCGACAGAGGUGA